AUGAGUCAGAAGACAUCAACGAGCGUAGGAGGAGGAGGAGGAGUUGCAGGCGGUGGCAAGACUAAGACAGCAUCAUCGACGACUGCAGCAGCAACAACGUCUACCAGUGUCAGUCAAAAACAGUCUAGUGAAGCAAUCGGUUCAGCAACAGCAGCGCUACCAUCAUCCUCUGAUGGAGCGCGAACAAAGUCAGCACAUUCCUCGGUAAGAUCGUUAAACUUUGACGAUCCGGAGCUACUUCUACCGGUUGCGGGAGCGGCAGCGAGCCGUAAAACAGAAUCCACCGCUAAAGAACGCAAGGACAGUGGUGCGCUAGUGCAAAUGGGAACGAACUCGCUUGCCGCCAGUACGGUAAUUUCUGCAUCAAAGCCACCACAUUCGAAGCCGCAUCCCGAGGAAGUGAAACCGGGUACGGGCACAACCAGUCAACCGUCGACGAUAGGCAGUCCAGGUAAAAUGGGUAUGAAAAAGUCAAUACAGCAUCAAGGUGCCUCACUGAAGCACGAGCAUCAUGAUGCGACAUUGGGUAAACCAACCCUGCUAAAGGCAUCCUCCGUACCGGCUCCGAGUUUCGUCGGUGCACCGGUAGCAUGCUCAUCGCCGCUGGGCGGCAAAUCAUCGGCCAGUGUAUCCCCCCACCAUGUACCGCCCGUGUCGCCUCAACCACUGACCGCUCCUGUGAUAACGACGAUUGCUGCAGCUUCUCCGACGACAACCGCCAUUGGUUCGCCGCUAGUCGGUACUACGGUAUCACCGUCCGGCGUUGUGAUGCGCACCUCUUCCGGCUCCAGCCUACACAAAUCGGCAUCAUACCGAAAGUCAUCCUACAAGCCACAACACUCGCACUCCUUACGCUAUUCCGGCAGUGGCAGCGAUAUCUCGAACUUGGUGCGCGUGCGCAACUCCACCCUCGGCAAUUCCGCGCCAACGCUCUCGUUGAGCGUGAAAGAGAACGGAGGGUUCGGACUCGGCGGGCUGGGUGGUGGUAGCUUUUUCGCCGGUCAAAAGCGGCCGGCCUCGUCGUCGUCAUCGUCGGCGGCCGCUGCCGCCCGGAGUGCUGCCGUUGCGCGGCAUCGGCUCAGCUUCGUUGCGAACAUUUCGCCCCGAUCUCACUCACCCAUUCCCGCUAGUCCCAUCGAUAGUCCGCGCAUCAAUUCGCCCAGUAUUAUGCAGUUUCCGUUCAUGCCGAUCAAGCGUAUCGCAUCGACGGCUGCGUCCAAGAGCUGCGACAGUCGGCGCUGGUCGGUCGCGUCGCUACCAUCGUCCGGUUAUGUGACGACACCGGGAAGCUCUAACAUUUCCUCGCAAUGCUCGAGCCAGGAACGGUUGCACCAGUUUCCGGCCGUACCGACCAAUGACGAUCUACAGCUGCUGUCACUGCAUUUUUCGUCGAACGAUAGCAAUCCGAGCUUGGGCGAAGGGCGAACCCAUCAUAGUCACCAUCUCCAUCACGGUUACCAUCAGCACCAUCAGCAUCAUCCGCAUCACCCAAUGGUACCGCCGGCGCACCAUCACGCUCUCCAACAGCAGCAGCAACAGCAACAUCUUCAUCAUCACCUUCAUCAUCAUUCCCUGCCGGCAGGGGCCGGAACACAUCAACCAUACUCACAUCAGCAUCCACUGGCGAUGGGUGGCACACCCAUUGCGCCGGGCAGUGGAGGAAUUGCGUCGUCGAUCUCACCCCAGACUAGUUUUGGAUCAGUUUCAAGCAGCGGUACGCUUUACCAGCAACAGCAACCACUCAGCCUGCAAGCACACGUGGGCUAUCCACUCGGACCGGGAAGCAUUACGAAUCAACCCCAAGCCGGUCAGCUGCCACAUCAACACUGUACGAUGAAGGCCGCCGUGGGAUCUUCCGGUUCGGGUAACUGUGGCAGUGGUCCUACAGGGAAGGAUGAGAUGAAUAACUUUUGUGGGUGCCGUUCACCAAUUCAUCGACCGCGAUCGCGCAGUCUCAGCAGUCCGAGCCAUUCGCCGAUUACCGAUAGUGAAAUCUCGAUCAUGAACACUUUCUACAAGGAGCGCUUCCCGAAGGCGACCCAACAGAUGGAGGAGCGAUUAAGUCACUUUAUCAAUGAAAACAAAAACAUCAUUAAUGACAGCGCGCGUAAUUCGCAACCGAUCGUGCGCUUCGUGCAUCAUCAGGUGCUGGAAAUGGCACGCGAUUGUCUGAACAAAUCACAGGCGAAGCUGAUCACUUCAAGGUAUUUCUACGAAAUGAGUGAAAAUCUCGAACGGCUGCUGAUGGAGACAAGAGAAAAAUCACCCGAAGCGGCACCGGAGAUUACCGGCGUGAUCAAGAAGCUACUUCUUAUAACAUCCCGUCCAGCUCGGUUGCUCGAGUGCUUAGAGUUCGAUCCGGAAGAAUUCUAUCGAUUGUUGGAGGUAGCUGAAGGACAGGCAAAGGUAACCCAAGGCAUCAAAGCGGACAUUCCACAGUACAUUAUACAGAAGCUUGGGCUUAACCGUGAUCCGAUAGCGGAGCUGCAGGAAGAACUCAACAUAGAAACGGCAUCGCUGAACUCAAGUGUAAAUUGUGCUGAUUUGGAGGAGGAAGCCGAGCAGGAGGAGUUAGUCGAUCGACGAUCACGACUGCGUGGCAAUAGAAGCGUACGCGCAGACGACAGUGAGCUUGCGGAUGCCAAUUCGUCGAUCGCGAGUGAUCAUAUUUCCCGAGGCGCUGACGAUAUGACGUGCUCUACCCCGAAAGGGUCGGGAUCUUCGAGUUCCGCCGGUAAUAGUGCGGCUAGCAGUACCAGCAAUGUCCUAAAUAACAAUGCUGACCAAGGUAAUACCAUGGUAGGAGGUACUGGAAACUCAGCAACUGCCACGGGGACAGCAGGCGUAGUGGGCAAGAGUUUUAAAGCACGCUCCAACAACGCUGUUCCAAACGAGAAGGAUUUUGACAUACUGAAGCUGAUCUCGAACGGUGCUUACGGAGCUGUGUAUUUGGUAAAGCACAAGCAAACUCGUCAACGAUUCGCUAUGAAGAAAAUCAACAAGAACAGCCUGAUGCUGCGCAACCAAGUGGAACAGGUGUUUGCCGAACGGGACAUCCUUAGCUUCGCCGAUAAUCCUUUCGUCGUUAGUAUGUACUGUUCGUUCGAAACGAAGAAACAUCUCUGCCUAGUGAUGGAAUACGUUGAAGGUGGUGACUGUGCGACACUCCUGAAGAACAUCGGACCACUGCCGUCGGAUAUGGCACGGUUCUAUUUUGCCGAGACAGUCCUAGCGGUCGAAUAUCUGCACAGCUACGGGAUCGUACACCGCGAUCUGAAACCGGAUAAUCUUCUGAUCACCGCGCUUGGGCACAUUAAACUAACGGACUUUGGGCUUUCGAAGAUGGGACUGAUGUCACUCGCUACGAAUCUGUACGAAGGUUACCUAGACAGCGAGACAAGACAGUUUUCGGACAAGCAAGUAUUUGGCACCCCAGAAUAUAUUGCGCCAGAAGUGAUCAUGCGCAAGGGCUAUGGUAAACCGGUGGACUGGUGGUCGAUGGGCAUCAUUCUGUACGAGUUCCUGAUUGGCUGUGUUCCAUUCUUCGGCGAAACGCCCGAAGAGCUGUUCGCCCACACGGUAAACGACGACAUCGAGUGGCCUGACGAAGACGAUUGGCCACUGCAGGAGGAAGCAAAGGAUCUUAUCACCGUGCUGUUGCAGCAGAACCCUCGCGAUCGGCUCGGUACCGGUGGCGCACACGAGGUGAAAGAACAUUGCUACUUUUACGGUCUCGACUGGAAUAAUUUGCUGCGCCAAAAGGCGGAGUUUGUGCCGCAGCUGGACAAUGAAGAGGACACGAGCUACUUCGAUACGCGCGUCGAUCGGUUUAAUCACGAGAUCUGUGGUGACGAUACGGAUGAGAUGGAGGAUUCACCGUUGUUCGGAUCGUUUAGCUCGUACUCGCCGCAGUAUCGCAAGCAGCACAGUCUCUCACAGGCGUCUAUCAAUUCUAGCGGCAAUUUUGGUGGCAGCACCGGCAGUCGGAUAAGUGGCGGAAUUGGAAACGAAAUUGGAGCAAUUGCUGCCGCAAUACCAUCGGUAAUUGUACCAUCGAACACCUCCACUCUACCGCAGGCACCACCAUCUUCUUCAUCUUCGGGAUCUUCCGUUCCGGACGCGAUAGGAAUUCCUCGCGAAUCGGGAGCAACGGUAACGGUAAGCGGUCCGACGACUAGUACUAUUGCACCACCGACAACUAACGUUCCUUCCACCAUGAAGCCUCUGACUACGUCGGUGGAUGAGUCAAGGAUUGAAACACCGAGCAUCACUGCAUCGUCGACGCUGGGAAAACCGCAACUACCAAGUCUGUUCGAGGAUGGUUACGACACGACACAUCCACGGCCGAACGAUAUUAGCAAGCUGAUCAUAACGCCCGAGCUGCGCAAAUUCAACAUUAACCCAUCGCGUUACAAGAUGCCAUCAACGCCCGAUCUCGACUAUCUACCCGAGUUGGCUACACCAGAUCGGGAAGAUUUCUUGGUCCAUCACGGUAUUAAUCUUCGACCGACGGCGGUAAAUAUUGGUGCUAUGCGGGCCGCACCCAGCACGCCGGAAACACCCGAGACGAACAAACGCUUCAGCGACUUCUAUCCGCUCUCCUCGUUGAAACAGCUCAGCACACCGGAAUCCUCCCAAACGGACAGUGAUGAUGUGUCGCCGCAAAUACAGCGCAAGCGCAAGAUCGUACACAAUCGCAUCUUGCCCAAGUUCUCGAUCUCGAUCGAGGAUGAUCAAAGCGGACAUGAAACAUCCUCAUCCACGCCGUCCCAGAUCGUAACAUCGUCACCGUCGAGCUCGCUGCACAACCUAAGCGGCAGCAAUUCGAGGCAUAUCGUAAAAUCGGCAUCAGCACUUGGCCUUUCUCUAAUGACAUCAUCGGAUGAUUCGUCUUCUGCCGUCACCACAGCCGUUGGUCGGUCACUUGGAGGCGGUGGCAAUAUAUCCCUAUCCGGUCGCAAUGCCACGGGAACGACCGCUUCCAACCUGUCUUCUUCUUCCGGAUGCAGUACGGGCGGUAUCGCAUCCUCCACGAUGCAUUCGGCGGGCAAUUGUUCCAGCACGGCCAGCUCGCGAGACACCUCGCCCUGCCGAGAGCUUAGCCCUCUAGUCACCAACCUAAAGCCACCGCUCAUCAUCAAGCGGGGACCGCGUGGAUUUGGCUUUACCGUCCACACGAUACGGGUGUACUACGGUGAUACAGAUUUCUAUACCAUGCAUCACCUAGUGAUGGCCGUCGAUGAAGGCAGCCCCGCGUUCGAAGCCGGUCUCCGUCCAGCGGAUCUAAUCACGCACGUGAAUGGCGAAGCCGUGCAAGGGCUGUACCAUACGCAGGUGUUACAGUUGCUGCUUAGCGGAUCCGAGCUGGUGAGCCUCCGUGCAACACCACUCGAGCAUACGAGCAUUCAAACGGGUGGUCGCAAGCGUGAACCAUGGCAGAGCAAGUUUGCAAAGAAGUCAACACACAGCCGGCGCAAGCAGAAGAAAGACAACGAGAAAAAGCGCAAGGCUUCGCUGUUCCGACGGAUCAGCAGCAAGCGUGCCAGCGCCGAGAUGCAGCAGAUGGUAGCGGGAAUACAAUCGCCGACAUCAGCCGUUCCGCCAAGUAGAAGCUUCCAAUCGUUAGCCCGAUUCCAGGGUAGCCAGCCGAAUUUGCUCCAGCCCGGUAUUGGACCGGUGGUCGGAUCUCCCGGUGGAUUGCCCGUCCCCGGUGCUAUUCCACAUCCUGCCGGAAUGCAAUCCCCGGUAGGAGUAGCACCGGGAGUGGGUCCCCUACCACAGUCAACUCUUGCAGCAGCGGUUAGCUCGCCGGUGAAUAGGUUGAGCCUCUCACCGUUGAACUCGGCCGGAACACUUUACAAUCCAACGCUUCCGUCGCCGGGAUCUCCAAGUACAUCCGCGCCAAGUACUCCAACCGGCAGCGGUACUCUCGGAUACAACGACGGUGCUCCACUGUAUCAGCGACCGUCAACGUUGCAUGUACUGAAGCACAAACUGCACUCGUCACCUUGUGCUAGCAAUAAAGCGCUUCACUCCGCAGCCGCUGCCGGUGGGCGUCCUUCAAAUCGUCGGAAAUCAGCCGACCAUAUGCCACUGUCACCGCUCGCCCGAACGCCCAGCCCAUCGCCGCUGCCCGCUUCACCAACGCGUUCGUCCAGCCCGCUUGCAUUCCCGGUUGUGCAUCCGCUCGGUGCGUCCAACACGACGCAAUCGUACAGUCCCGGCGGACUUCCGACUGCCGCAGGAAUCGGCAUCGUAACCGGUCUUCCGUCCGCCGUCGUACCUGGUAUUGUGGCCGGUGGUAUCGGUGGAUCACCUACACCGCCGACGAAGAAAGGAUUCCCACGGGCUAAGACAGCCGAACCUAGCUCUCCAUUGCUACGCCGUGCGUUGUCUCCUGAUCGGUUGCAUCCACGCAGCGCCGCCGAAAGCAAGUGUGUCCUGUCGCCGCUCUGUUGCAACACCUCGCUGAAAACAACGCCUCGUACCGUGGCCGGAAUUUGGCGAUCGAAUCAAAACUCCACCAUUACGACGGCUGCUGGCAAUGGAGCUUCUGGUGGCGUACAACUGACCGCGUCCUGUGGAGGCAACAUCACAGCGGAGCCUUCUAUCGCAUCAGUGUCUCAGAACAGCGUCAACAAUAACAACAAUCCACAACCGGUACCAGCAACGGCAGGUGGCGAAUCGACAGCAGCAACAGGAAAAGCAUCCGGAGUAACUUCUUCUUCGCGCAAUUCCAGUACCACAGCGCCCUCUGGUGGGAAAUCUGGGACUCAGUUGGGCACAUCCGUAAGUAACGCAACAGCUAAAGAGGAUCACAUCAAAUCGUCCGCGGACAGGCUCGUUCCGUUGAUGGAGAAGAUGGCAAUCAAAGAUGGGGAAGCGUCGAGCACGACCAGCAUCAACAAUAAUGGCGGUGGCGGUAACAGUGUUAGUAAGAAAACGAAAGAGUAA